CUCCCGCCAAUCGCCGGGAGGUGGCGCGCUCUGCUCAGAGGCCGCCGCCAACCUUCUCCCUGUUUCUCCCCCUUCUCCGAUUUUCCCCCUCUCUCCGAGGCUCGCAUUGAAUCGGCCCUAACGAUUCUCGGAUCGUCAUUAUUUGUAACCAUAGAGCAUGAAUUACCUCUUGAGGUCAUCAGCGAGAAUUUACGACUGGUCAACAAAAGCACGUGAUUCCCUAACGCCCCCCCAUCCCCCUUCCAACCCCCCCCCAUAUUUGGCCGCAUACAUAGCAAAACGAAGUACAGUGCAUCGCUAUAAUUCAUUAAUACAUCAUAAAUCGUGAAGCACAGGGUUAUAACGACCACGAUCCACAAAUCAAGCCCUCCAAAAUCACCCAAAUGAGCUCGUACUUUGUAAACUCCUUCUCGGGGCGUUAUCCAAAUGGCCCGGACUAUCAGUUGCUAAAUUAUGGCAGUGGCAGCUCUCUGAGCGGCUCUUACAGGGAUCCCGCUGCCAUGCACACCGGCUCUUACGGCUACAAUUACAAUGGGAUGGACCUCAGCGUCAACCGCUCCUCGGCCUCCUCCAGCCACUUUGGGGCGGUGGGCGAGAGCUCGCGCGCCUUCCCCGCGCCCGCCCAGGAGCCCCGCUUCAGGCAAGCGGCGUCGAGCUGCUCCCUGUCCUCGCCCGAGUCCCUGCCCUGCACCAACGGCGACAGCCACGGCGCCAAGCCCUCUGCUUCGUCCCCCUCCGACCAGGCGACCCCGGCCAGCUCCAGCGCCAAUUUCACCGAAAUAGACGAGGCCAGCGCGUCCUCGGAGCCUGAGGAAGCGGCGAGCCAGCUAAGCAGCCCGAGCCUAGCUCGGGCACAGCCAGAGCCCAUGGCCACCUCCACAGCCGCGCCCGAGGGGCAGACUCCGCAGAUAUUCCCCUGGAUGAGGAAGCUUCACAUCAGCCAUGAUAUGACGGGGCCGGACGGGAAAAGGGCCCGGACCGCGUACACCCGCUACCAGACCCUAGAGCUGGAGAAGGAGUUCCACUUCAAUCGCUACCUGACGCGGCGGCGGCGCAUCGAGAUCGCCCACGCGCUCUGCCUGUCCGAGCGCCAGAUCAAGAUCUGGUUCCAGAACCGGCGCAUGAAGUGGAAGAAAGACAACAAACUGAAAAGUAUGAGCCUGGCUACAGCCGGCAGCGCCUUCCAGCCCUGAGCCCGCCUGGAGGAGCCCUGGGUGGCCCAAGAGCCCUUGCCGCCCCCUAGCCCGGGCCCCUCCGAGCCUCCCUGCGCUGCCACUGCCCGCUGGGGACCGGUUCCCACGAGCCUGCCUCGCCCCGGCCUUGUGUUACGAUUUUUCGUUUGGUCUUAGGUCUUCCUGUGGCUCCCUCUCUCCUGGACUGGUUAAUCUUGUUAUUAUUGUUAAUAAUAAUGAUAAUUAUUAUUUUCCCUCCCUGCUCCCCACAUCCCUCCACUCAACCCCAAUCCGCCAGUGUUUCUGAAUGUUUGUGUCUGUGGUUGCACUCCUUCCCCCAGGAAAGAAAGAAACUCGCAUGUUUAAUGUGAACUUUCCCCUCCCCAUCUGUGUUCUUCUAACUUAUUUAUAAAAGGAUGGUCGCUGUAUUUUGAGUUUCAGCUGGAAACUUCUCUAAGGGGCAGCCCUUGAGGUGGGGUAGUGCCGCAUCCCCGCAUCCUGGGGGCCCAGCUGAGCCGGCCUUGGAGAUGGAGUCCAAGACUGUCUCUUUCCACCUUCCUCCUCCUCCCUCCCCACGCACCAGGCCCAAGUCUCCCAGUGACUUGGUCCGAGGGUGGGAAGGGGGCCAGGAGGACCCAAGGGGUGAUCUUGAGAAGAGGGAAGGUAAACCGUGAGAGUUAGGUUCCUGCCGCCUGGGUAGGCCCCACAAGGCCUGGCCUGGGAGUGGACGGAAACAAAAAUAAUGCUCAGUGUAAAAUGUCUUGUGUACUUCUCUGUGAAUCACUGGGUCUGGAGUAAAGGGCCCAAAGCUUGUAAAUAUGGGGAUAGUCUGGGUCAGACCCAUCCCCUCUGCCCCCCCCCAUUUCGCUUCCGAGACCAUUUGUAGUGAGUGAGGGGAUGCUGUGCUACGUGUGAAAUCUGUCUUUGCCUUUGCCGGGCCUGUCUUCAGUGAUCCGCUUUUGGUAUUUGUUUGUAGCUUUCCUUGAAGUCAAAUAAAUGUUUCCCCUAUU